GAGGGAAGGAAGGAGAGAGUCUGGUGUCUGUCUCUGCUCAUGCAGCUGAAGUGGAGGACCUGGGGCCCAGGAGCCACCACACUUCACCUGAGCGGAGUGUGUGUCUGCUGUCGCUGUGAUGAGGGAGUGGUGGCAGCGUGUGGUGCUGCUGCUCUGCGUUCCUCUUCUCGCCGUCUACCUGAACAUCCCACAGCCUCAGCUUUCCCCCGCCCUGCACACCUGGCUCUCCUCCGGACGCUUCUUCAGCUUCAGAGGAAACAAGAUCUUUUACAAAGAGUCACUGGGUGCUGUGGGGAGCUCCGAUGUGCUGCUGCUGCUUCAUGGGUUUCCCACCUCGAGCUACGACUGGCACAAGAUCUGGGAGCCUCUGAGUCAGCGGUUUAACAGAGUCAUCGCACUUGACUUCCUCGGCUUCGGCUUCUCUGACAAACCUAGGCUGCACCGGUAUUCGGUGUUCGAGCAGGCUGGAGUCGUGGAGGCUUUAAUCUCACACCUGGGCCUCGCUGAGCAGAAGAUCAACCUGCUGUCACAUGACUAUGGAGACACUGUCGCACUCGAGCUCCUCUACAGGAGUGACAACAAUCGAACUGGGCACGUGACCAUAAACAGCCUCUGCCUUUCAAACGGAGGUAUAUUCCCUGAGACGCAUUACCCGAGGUUUCUUCAAAAGGUCCUGAAGGAUUCUGGGUUCAUCUCCCCUCUGCUUACCCGACUUAUAAACUUCUACAUCUUCUCUAAAGGGAUUGGAGAAGUCUUUGGUCCGUACACACAGCCGAGUGAAGCCGAGCUCUGGGACAUGUGGACAGGAAUCCGCUUUAACGAUGGGAACCUGGUGAUGGACAGCGUCCUGCAGUACAUCAAUCAGAGACUGAAGCACAGAGAGAGGUGGGUUGGAGCCCUCACCUCGACACUAACCCCAUUGCAUAUGAUCUAUGGCCCGCUCGAUCCGGUGAAUCCAUACCCCCAGUUUAUCCAUCUCUACCACAAACUGGUUCCAAGGUCGACUAUAAUGGUCCUGGAUGAGCACGUCAGCCAUUACCCACAGCUCGAGGAUCCCACGGGCUUCGCAAACGCGUACCUGAACUUCUUCAACUCUUUCUGAAUGGCACACUGCUGAAGAGAGUCAUUAUUAUAAUAAUACAGGAUUAGGAUGAGCUAUGAAGAACGAGGACUAAGAAAUGCUUGCUUAGAUAAAUUACAGAUUUCUUUUUGGGAUUAUUGAUUUGCAGGUUUAAAAAUGUUUCUGUGCUUUAAUAUUGAUGCUGAACACUAGGCCCAGUCCAAAAAUAACUGCACUGACUGUAGCUGGCUGGAAAAAUCUUAUGAUGAAAGAUGUACAUUUGAGAGCCUUAUGGUGACUAAACUAAAAGUGAUGUUUCAGAUUAUAAAAACUACAAAAGACAGAAAUGGGGGAGGUCACUGUAUGACACCGUCAGCUCAACAAACUAAACCUGUUCCUAUGCUGAUAUUUUUCCUUGAAUGUCAUGGUGUGUCUCGAUAGUUUUAUAAGCCAGCUCCGGAUACUGCGAUGCACAUCUUUGCUACGUCGCACACAAGGGCUGGUCUUCAUGGUAGCACUUUGAACUGGUGAGUGGAAACUGGGUUAAUGUUGAAUUUAAGCACAAUGGCCUGACAGUGCAUGUAGGUAAAGUGGCUUUGCAUCCUGUACACUGGGAAACGAGGUCUCUGAGGCGCUGAUCACGGACUGGUAGAGGUUAAAACUUGGAAAGGUUCCCAACCCUGGUCCUGGAGAGCCUUUAGGCUUCCUCAGUUGUAAUGGGUGUGCUAGAGAAAAGGGGGAGGGGUUUUGAAUGUACACGACAGAGGGUCCUCCAGGGCAGGGCAGGGCUGAGAACCAUUUCACAGUGACUUAAGCCACACGUUAUGUUUAAUAACAAGCAAUCAUGCCAUUUUUAAAAAACUCCUGAAUCACACCAGCUUAAAAUGUACACAACUUGGUGAGGUACAGUGGUACCUCGGGUUACGAACUUGAUUCGUUUUUUGACUCCGUUCGCAAACCAAAUUAAUUUUCCCCAUUGAAAUUAAUGUAAAUCCAAUGAAUCCGUUCACCAGCCCAAGAAACAGGUUUUUUUGGUAACUUAUGGGUUUGUGUGGAAAAAUUACAGUAAUACUAAAAUAAAACAAUUGUACAGCACACUUUACCUUUGUGGUUGAUAGUGCUCCUCCUCCUCCAUCCACGUGUGCCAGCAACUAACACUUUUCACUUUCUUGGGCGCUGUAACCAGGGUUAAUUUAAUGCAAAAAAGAAAUCGUAUCAUCAACACAACGCAAUGACGAGCAAUGUUCACAGCGUGCCACCUUGAGUACAACUGAUGCCACCAGUUUGUUCGUUAAUGGUGCUCGUGACCCGAGGUUUGACUGUACUUGUAAUUAAUAAACAACAAAAUGUGCAGCCAUGUUUGUUUCUUGUUUAUUCAUCACUGGAAAAGACACUCUGGAUUUAACAAAUAUUGCCCAUAAACAGAAAUGAAGCUAAAUGUGCCCUCAGCUUAAAGUAAAUAAAAUAUUCGCUCAAUUACUUUUGCAUCACUGGAAAAAAAAAAAAAAGUCAGAGAGAGAUGUGCAAGGAAUACAAACAUACAGGUGAAUUCGAAUGAAGGACCGACUGGGAUUGGCAUGUGACAUCACCACCAGGAUUCACCCCGUUCUCUUAACCCACAGAGGCCAGAAUGACAUCGACAACGUUCUCGUCUGCACUUCGCACCGUCACCUGCAUGGUAACUCCAUCAGCGAGGGCGAGGCGCGCACGCACCAGCACGUCAUAACCUCCCCGGAACACACCUGCACGAAAAGUGAGGGAUUUAAACUUUCACAUCAUCUCUACAUUAAUGAACGUUUUAAUUCUGAAGGUCAUCCUUAGGUCAGUUUUGGAAACCGUUCCUACCGGCGAGGAAGAGGACGUGAGAGUUCUUGUUUUCGGGCACCUUGUCUGAACGUUCACACGGCUGCAUGCCCAGGAAGCUGAUGAUGUUGUUGACGGCCUCUGUGGAAUCAGACAGUAAAGUGGGUGUGAAAUAAAUUAAUCUGCUCUCAGUGGUGUGAUUAGUUUUCUAGGUGCAAAUGCAACUUUGGAAAAACAAACUGGCUACGUAAUGACGCCAGUGUAAUCGGCUUCGUUGUUGCUCUGUAAUUUGUCAAAGGAUUCGAGUUCUGAUCAAAUUACUUACAGUACGAGGAAGUUACGCGUUGCGGUUUCUCAACUACAAGUUAAAAUUUUCAGAAAAGCAAGGUCCUCAAACAUGGAGGACAGAACACUAGUCUUAUUAGCAAGCCAAUAUGAGGAGAUUUACUUCAAGAUACUGAUCAUCAUCAUAGGCUACGUUCACACUGCAGGCUGAAGUGACUCAAAUCCGAUCUUUUCGCCCAUAUGUGACCUGUAUCCGAUCUUUUAUUGACAAUAUGAACGAUACAGAUCCGAUUUUUUCAAAUCCGACCCAGGCCGUUUGGAUACGUGGUCCUAAUUCCGAUUCCUAUCCGCUCUUUUCAUAUGCGACUUCAGUCUGAACCGCCAGGUCGCAUUCAUCCGACUUGCACGUCAUCAACAAGCCACAAACGUCACUAUUCUGCGCUGAAGUAGGCGGCGGGUCUCUCACAAAAAGUUACAACAACAUGGCGCAUGACCACGGGCACAGAUAGAGGGGGGGACUCGUCCCACCCAGAUUUAAAUUCACCUCGCUCGGUCCCCCCCACUUAUAGGGAGGAAAAAACGUCUAUGCUGUCUUUCUUUGCAUAAGGCAAACCUCACGGAAAAAUCAAAAGACUAAUUACCAUUCGGUUUAUUGAGGUGCACAGUAGUGUAUACAUAGUUGCAACAACUCACAUAAAACAAAACAAAGACUGAUAUUCGGUUGGUUGAGCUGCGCAGACUGCACAGGUUGCAAGCUCGAGCUUGGUUGCUAUGGUUACUAACAACAAGUUUGACAGGCAUAUCGGGGUUGGUUUGCUGGCAGCUUUGUCCCCCCCAGUUUUUUGUCCCUCCCAGUUCAAAAAACGUAUCUGCGCCCCUGCGCAUGACAUCAAUGCGAGGGACGCUUCGGGCUGUGAAGGUUCUGAAUCUUCUCAAUGGAAGGACGCAGAGGUUAGGGAGCUGAUUUCCAUUUGGGGGGAUGCAGCUAUUCAAGCUAGAUUGGAUGGGUCAUACCGCAACCGGGCGGUUUUACUUCCGUAAACACUGGCCAUGCUCACUGCGUGUGACGUCGUCGUAUCCUGCAAUGCGCAUGCGGAACACUUUUAGGUCGCUUUUCGUUCAUACUGAGGAUCACAUACAAGUCGCAUAUAUUUGUUAAUGUGAACGACCUCACAAAAAAAAUCGGAAUUGAGCAUUAAGCCUUACAGUGUGAACGUAGCGUUGAUAAAGCUAAUCUACAGACCAUGCUUAGGCUAGUUAGAAGCUAGGACGAGUGCCGCUAUGGUUAGAAUGUUCAUAUUAGCACAAAAAGCACAGCCGUUCCUCCUCCCUCAGAAAACAGGCCACCGAGCCAAUAAUGUGGCCACGCCCACCCUCCCAAGGUUACCUUCCAGAGUCCUGACUGAAGCCAGAGCGAACGUCUCCUCCUUCUCGAAGUCGGCUCCGACCUCCUCCCACGCCGCACCGAAGUUCGGCUUCAGGACUUUCUGGAUGUGGUCUGCUACGGUCACUUCUAGAUCCUCCAGCUAAAAUAAGAAGUGCGUGUGAAUGGCAGGAAUAGAUAUGGGUGAUCACAUACAUAUGAACAGCUUUAAACAUGCGUAUAAAAUGGGUGUCAAACAAAUAAAAACACUGAGAUCAGUGAACUUAACGUACCACGUAUUCGUCAUCGUAACCAUCAUCGUCAGGCUCGCCGGUGUUUGGAUCGCAGUCACGCACCAGAUAUUUCAUCGUACAGCUGAACGUACAGGACACUGAGGCAGAAACCAUAGAUAGAAAUUCAGCACAUGGAACUUCAUAAAGACCACCACUAAUCACCAGAUGAGAUUUAGAGUUCCUGGGGAUUACUGAUGCAAUGUACGAUCUUAAUUAAAGGUUGUUAUGGCAUGGGGCCAAAACAAGCCACGCCCUUCUCUAGGAUACCAAGCAUGGCCAAGUCACAAUGAGGAAUCCUACAUAGCUGGAAAAAGAGCUCUAUUCAAACUUGUAGCCUCUUAUAUAGCUGGCUUUCUAAGCCACUGCUGGGUGUUCUACAAGGUUUGGCAUAUCGUGAAUGUUGUGAAAAAUCACUCAAGCCCUUUGACACGCCCCUUCCCUGACUCAGGAAACAUCAACACAUCUGGACUCAAAUCACAGCUCUCAAGCCAUUUCACGAGCACUUGUUACACAACUGACUUACGAGCCGAAGCAUCAAAGACUGCAGUGUAGGACACUCUCACAAGACAUCCCAUCCAUAAUCAGGUGAAUUCCUUACAAACAGCAUUUCCUGCCGGAUUAGGAUCGAUAAUCAGCGGUAUCAUGACAUCACUGGACUGCAAGGUCACCUGCUGUGGGGUCGUCAUCUGGCAGGCGGACGAGUGUGUAGCAGGAACCAGGCUGGUUGUAAGGCAGGCUGGGAGCCGGGACGUGAUGCACCACUUCAUAAGCCUCGGACGGCUCCAUCUGCACCAGGACGCGCUGCAGGAGCUGGUCGUUCAGCGUGUUGGUGCAAUCAAACUGGAACACCAGGUGACCAGCGAACGUGUGUUUGAUGCAGCGAACCACGUAUUCCGUCUCCGCCUCCGUCAGCUGCACCGGCUCAGAGGACUUGAACAGAGGACCGAGACCCUGGAACUCGGAAAUGGUGGAGAGUUGCUCUGAGAGAGAGAGAGAGAGAGAGAGAGAGAGAGAGAGAGAGAGAGAGAGAGAAAAAUAAA